AUGUCGGGCAAGGCCGAGCUAUCCGAUUCUACGACAUCCGUCGAAAAAGAUUCCCACCCCGAUGAUGAAGAGUUCGUCGAUCGGAGGUCUUCAAAAGGUAACCGAAACACUGCACCUGACUCUGCUGCCCUGGGCGAUGAUUCCCUUCCUAAAGGUGACUGGUUCAUCGCUCAAACACCUGCAGAGGAUGACACAGGGCUUACCUUGAUGGCGGCCUUUGAGCAAGGAUGCGGGAGUCUAAAUCCUUUGCAGGGCCUGGACUCAUUCUGCAUAUCCGAAGACAUUGAGAUGAUAGGCUGCGAACCAGUAGAAAUACUAGAGGAGGAGAAAGUGGACUGGGAAUGGUCAGGGGUUCCGAGUCCGUAUCCACGCAUCCAGCAACCUUUAGAGCCACCUCUCGAAACCAAACCUGAGCCCUACACAAUUUGGUUAGCUCCGAGAGCCCCGAUCCCGCCUCCGGUAGGGCAGACGAAGGAGCAGGAAGUUGAGGCUGUUAACUUCCUGCUCGCCAUUUCCAGAGAUCAUCCACAGCUGUGA